AUGGCAGGGAGGAAUGAUGCUGCUCUUGCUGCUGCUAUGCAAGCUAUGGGGCAGACAGUAGAGAACAUUACUCAAGACGCUGGGAAUGCACAGUUCCGCGACUUGGAACAGUUUCGGAGCAACAAGCCGCCUACGUAUGAGGGAGGUAUCCUAGAUCCUGAGGCUGCACAAAAAUGGUUGAAAGCUAUUGAAAAGAUCUUCAGGAUCAUGGGGUGCAGUGAUGAUCAGAAGGUAGCUUUUGGUACUCAUAUGCUGGAAGGAGAGGCUGAAGCCUGGUGGGACAACAGUCGUCAGAGGUUGGAAACUGCAGGUACAGGUAUUACUUGGGCGGUGUUUCGGGCUGAAUUUCUGGAGAAGUAUUUUCCAGAAGACAUUUGCAGUGCAAAGGAGGUCGAAUUUUUGGAGCUGAAACAAGGUAGCCUGACUGUUGCUGAGUAUGCUGCACGGUUUGAAGAGUUAGUACAAUAUGGUGCACAUUACAGUACUGAAGAGGCUAUGACUUCAAAGUGCUUGAAGUUUGAGAACGGGUUGCGUCCCGAGAUCAAACAGGGUAUCGCUUGGCAGAAGAUAAGAAAUUAUCCAGAAUUGGUGAGCAGAAUCAGAAUCUAUGACAAUGAUAACAGGGCUAGGAUUGCUCACUACAAGGCUGCGAAUGAGCGAAAGGGUAAGCAGAGGUUUGGAGGUACGCCGUAUAGUGCUCCAACUGACAAGGGAAAAUAG